AUGGCAGAGAGACUCCAGCGGCUGUUCUCUACCGGCAAGCCUGUCACGGGAUUCGGUGGGUACCCAACCGGGACGCAGGGUAAUCAGUCGUACGGCGGCCAGCAGCCAUAUCGCCCCCAACAGCAAUACCAGUCCUACGGUGCCCAGCAACAGUAUCGCCCUCAGCAACAAUACCAGUCCUACGGCAGCCAGCAGCAAUAUCAGCCCCACAGCGCCCCGCAGCCCUCCCGACCGCAGCAGCGGUCUCUUCCCCUGCAUCAGCAGCAGCUACACGAAGGCAACGGCGUGGAUUAUAAGAACUGGGAUGACGAGCGGGAUCAUGGUUCCAAGAGUGCGAAUGACCCGUUUCCGAACUAUGCGCCGAAUGGAUAUAAUGGACUGUUUGGGUAUGACCCGAGGAAGGAGUAUAACGAGCAGAACUUGAGUAGCCAGAGUGGCUCGUCUGGCUCUGGCUCUUCAGGAUCCUCCGGCUCCUCCGGCUCUUCAGGAUCUUCAGGAUUAUCUGGCAGCAGCUCGGGAAACGGCACGGGGAAUGGAGGGGACUCAGGGAACGGAGGGAACGGAUAG